UUUGAAAAUCUCCACCGGAAGUGUAACAUUAGCUGAUGUAGCAGUCAAAUUUCCGCGGCAGGGGUUUGUUGUGUCUCCUUAAUGUGUUUCACUUCUCAGUGUUAUCAGGAUUAAAUAUUCUACGUACAGAUACAGAUACAGAUACAGAUUAAGACAGAUCAUCUUAACAUUACUACAGUGAGUCGUUGGUUAACUUGUGAAGCUACAAAGUUACAGUUAAAGUUCGUUAGCAAGCUAGGCUAACGUGACGUGAAUUAGUCUUAAAUUGUAUUUGUUGAGUUUAUAAAGUCUAUGGUUGAGUCCAAAGGGAUUAAAGAGGAUUAAAGAUCCAUUAGGAAUGUCUCUGAGUGCUGUCCACGGGACUCUGUCCAGCCUGAAGUCAUGUCAAGCAGACAUCGGGACAGGGAUGGACAUAGUGACGGAUGUGGCGAUGGACCUGACUGAAGCUCAGAGUGAAGCAGGCCACCCCGGCAUUAAAGACAUGGAGGCCAUGAUUCUGGAGUGUGCCAAGCUGGACAGGGAGAUUAACUUCUUUGUGGACGUUGUACAAAAAGUAACAUCAGAGUCUGUGCAGGUUACCACACAGCAGCCAGAGGCCAUGUUCAGCCUUUCAGACAAAGUGAAGGAGCAGUUCAAUGAAAGAAUGGCCCGGCUCUCUGACGCUGAGCUGCAGAAACACCAGAAAGUUGUGGCCUUCAAAGAGAGCAUCAAGAACUCAGCUAACCAAGCAAACAAAGAGACAGAGGAUAAUAUGGAGGAGCUGGACGAGGACAUCGCUGUCACACAGAGCCAAGUGAACUUCACCUGUCCUCUCACACAGGUGGAGAUGGUGAACCCGGUGAAGAAUAAGAAAUGUAACCAUUAUUAUGAUGAAGGAGCCAUACUGGGCCUAAUCAAAGCCAGACACAGCCAGAAGAAGAAAUGCCGCUGUCCUGUGGUGGGCUGUGGGAACUCAGAUGUGAAAGAGUCAGAUUUGGUACCCGACCAAAUGCUGAGGAGAAAGAUCCAGAGCCAGAAGAGACAAAACAACCGGACAUGAAGCCACAGUUUCAUCCUCAGAGAAGUUCAUUCUAAAAGCUCUUCCUGUGGGGAUUACUUUUAUGCCAACAAAGAAUUUGUAGUGCAGAAUUUGGGGACAGUUCUCUUCACAAGUUUUUUGAAUGAUUUUUGUUUGCUUAUGUUUGUGUAAAACAUUCACUUUUUAAUUUUGUAAUUUACACCUCAGCAACAUUCUGUUAUCUAGUCGGAUUAGGAUUUAAAAGUGAUGACCGGCUUGUGUUUCACCCAGGGUGAUUUUUAGACUCCAGCCUUGUUGAAUGUAAAUAAAAAUCUGCAUAUUUUUAAUAAAUAUUUAAAAUAAAAAAAGCAAGAUUGUAAGAAUAA